GUGAAUUACUUAUUGUGCUUCUUUCAAUUUUCUUAUUUCAAAGUAUAUGUCUGUGUUACUAUAUUUUUCUUGAGUUAUUAUAACUAUUAUUCUCUUUAUAUAUUAAUUUUAUUAGGAAUAUAGUUGAAAAAAAUGUUAUCCUAAAAUUUCAAAAAUAACAUAAAAGAAGAGAUUUUUUUACUAAAAAACUAACGAUCGAAAAGGAACGGAAAUGGUAUGUUAGUAGUUACUGUAAGUAGUUGAUAUUUAAAUUCUUCAAUGAAAGUUUGGGAUUUAAUUUUUAAUUUAUGUAUGAAAUCAGGAUGAUAUGCAUAAUUAACUUCCAAGUCAGUGGAAUGAGUGACAGAAAUAUUAGUUAAAUAUUAAGUAUAAUUUUCAAUACUUUCUAGAAAAAAAAAAGUAUAAUUAGUUCUUUUAAUUAUUAGUUUAAAGUUUUGUUUACAUUUAGAAAAAGCUAUAUCACUUUGAUCAUUUUACUAAAUUCGGUAAUCAUUUUCAGAAAAAAAAAUUAACCUCUAAAGAAAACUGUUUUUUUCUGUCAUAUUAUCUUAUCUAUAAUGUGAUGUCGUGUCAGGAUAACUGUGUACUUCUAGGAGAGCUGGCUGUUCCUGUGGAGUUCUAAAGAUAUUUUAGAUUGCUUGGUUGGAAGUCACAAAUGAACUGAGAUGUACGAAAAUGUGAAAAAACCAUGCAACGAGUUUAAAACUGUCUCAUUCAAUCAUAAAUAAACAUGUAACUUUGUCAGUAAAUUUUAUAUUUUUGAUGUUUACAGUUACGCGCCUUUCUUAAUUUGAGUUUUAUUUUUAGUGACGUUAGUUCAAACAAACAUAGUGAAAAACUUGAUUUCACCUACUAAUUAUAUCCAAAAGUAAUGAGUUUGGAUUCUGUUUGAUGGUGAAUGCUGCUAUAAUAAGAGUAACCUGUUGAGAGUGGUGAGUUACUUAGAAGAGGAAGAAUGGGUGGUGGAGCAUCAACAACACCAACACCUUCAGCCAAAGUAUCAGCCAUCUUCAUAUACCCAAUUAAAUCAUGCCGCGGAAUUUCUGUUUCCCAUGCUCCACUCAUUCAUACUGGAUUUCGAUGGGAUCGACAAUGGAUGGUGGUGAAUCCUCAUGGAAGGAUGUACACUCAAAGAGUUGAACCAAAGCUUGCUUUGGUUGAGGUUGAACUGCCAUCUGAGGCCUUUCUUGAAAACUGGGAACCAACUCAAGAAUCCUAUAUGGUGGUGAAAGCACCUGGGAUGCAAGCUCUCAAAGUUUGUUUGAGUAAACAAGAGCAGGAAGUAGCAGAUGCUGUCACAGUAUGGGAAUGGACUGGAUCUGCCUGGGAUGAGGGAGCCGAAGCAUCUCAGUGGUUCUCAGAUUAUUUAGGAAAAUCCUGUCAACUGGUCCGCUUCAACUCUGCUUCUGAAGUUAGAAAAGUGGAUCCUGAUUAUGUCAAGGGACAACAUGAUACCUUAUUUACUGAUGGUUAUCCAUUCUUACUAGCAUCUCAGGAAUCCUUGAAUGCACUAAACGAGCAUCUGAAGGAGCCCAUUUCUAUUAAUCGGUUUAGACCCAAUAUCCUCGUUGAAGGGUGUGAACCAUUUUCUGAGGACAUAUGGACAGAAAUCAAGAUAAGCAAGUUUUCAUUUUUUGGUGUCAAACUCUGCUACCGUUGUAAGAUGCCUACAAUCAAUCAAGGGACCGGAAUAGCAGGGCCUGAACCAAAUGAAAUUCUCAUGAAAACUAGGUCUGGAGAAAUCAUAAGGCCAAAUGAUAAAAAUAAAAAAAGGGUUUACUUUGGUCAGUAUAUGACCUGGAACUGGACAGAAUUUUCAGCUGAAAGAAGUGGUAAAAUCAUUGAAGUGGGGGGUCCUGUUUAUGUUCUUCGGAAGGUCUCUUCUUCAGCUGAAGCAGCUGCUUGAACUGCGUAUGUGGAAUCUAUAUCGAUGCUAUAUGAGAAAUUAAAGAGCUCCAAUGACAUAAAAAUGAUCAACCAUAGUACCAACUCCAUGCGUAGUUGUAACUGGAUAUACAAAUAAAUGCAAGCUGGGGCCUGUGAUAAGGCUUGUGCAAUGAAUAAAGAGGUUGUAUUUUUCUAUUUCAAUUAUGGUAAGUGGUGCCAAAGAUAAUUGCACGCACAAUCUGGUUGAAAUGUGAUUGGUUACUGAGUAGUUUCAUGAAUCCACCCGUGUAUUCUAUCAAGAAAACAGCUAAAAUGUCUCCAAAAAUAUCCAUCGAAUGAAUUGGCAGCAGUGUUUAUUCGUUGAUGAA